GCUCGUGGAACGCGGAACGAAUCGUGUGCGAAAAACACCUUCAGUUCAGAGGCAAAAUGUCGGUUGAAGAGGGAAAGAAGUUCGAUCUGGAUUUGCUGAUCAAGCAAAUAGGACCAUUUGGGAAAUUUCAGCUGAUAAAUUACCUCCUGAUUUGCCUGCCCAUCGCCUUGACCGCCAUGUACACGCUCACCUUCGUCUUCACGGCUGGCGAUCUCGACUAUCGCUGCCGAAUCCCCAGCUGUGACACUGAAGAGCCCGAGUUGAAGCCUGACUUCCUCAGCUUCACCACGCCAAUGGAUGGCGACAGAUUCUCCAUGUGUGAGAAAUUUCACCACACACCAAAUGCCACCAUCGAGGAUCAAUGCCAAGCCGAUCUCUUCGAUCGCUCGCGCCUGGAGAAUUGCGAGGAGUUCGUCUAUCAGAACGACGAGACGACAAUCCUCAGCGAGUGGAAUUUGGGCUGCAGCGAGGAGUGGAAGCUUUCCCUGGUCGGGACAAUUAACAAUGUCGGCCAGUUUGUCUGUCUGCCACUGACUGGUUACUUUUCAGAUCGCUUCGGCAGGCGAACAGCCUUCAUUCUCGGCAACUUCUUCGCCGCCACCAUGGGCAUCAUUCGCUCCUUCUCGCCCAACUACGUCAUGUUCAUAGUGUUUGAGUUCCUGGAACCAGCCCUCAGUGCCGGAGUCUACAGUGCAGGCUUCAUUCUCGGAAUGGAACUUGUCGGCCCGGAGAGGAGAGUUCUGGGGGCGUUUUUCAUCAAUGUCUUCUACGCUCUGGGUGAAGCUCUUCUGGGCCUCCUGGCCAUGCUGACCAGAGAUUGGCGUCUGCUGAUGUGGGUGGCCUACGCGCCGACCUUCAUCUUCCUCAUCUAUCGCUGGCUCAUUCCGGAGAGUGCUCGCUGGCUGCUCAACAUGAAUCGCCCAAAGGAAGCGGCCAAGAUCAUCGACAAGGCGGCAAAGAUGAACAAGAGCGAUUUGACGCCAGAGGCGCAGAAGAUGCUGCUGCAGGCUCUCAAGGACAGCGAUGUGGAGAAUGAGAAGGAGGCGGAGGCCGAAGUGAAGGAGUACCGCCUGAUGUCAGCACUGCGGUCACGGACACUUCUCCUGCGCAUCCUCAACUGCUCCUUCUGCUGGAUCGCCGUGUGCUUCGUCUUCUACGGCAUGAGCAUGAACAGCGUGACUGUGGCCGGUGACAAGUACAUCAACUUCAUCAUGACGUGUCUGAUUGAAAUCCCCGGCGCGGCUCUCUGUUGUCUGCUCAUGGACAGAAUUGGACGACGUCCAAUUCUCUGCAUCAGUCUGAUCCUCAGUGGUCUGGCGUGCAUUGGCUUCAUCUUUCUCUCCGGCGCUCCCGAGUGGACCAACUUGACCGUGUUCCUGUUCGGGAAGCUCAACAUCAGCAUGUCCUUCAUCGCCAUCUACGUCUACACGGCCGAACUCUUCCCCACGGAACUCCGACACACUCUUCUGGCCGCGUGCUCAAUGUUCGGCCGCCUGGGCUCCAUUGUGGCGCCCUUCACGCCGCUCCUGGGCAAGUACGUUGAAUCCCUGCCGAUGAUCCUGUUCGCCACAAUGGCCAUCUCCUCUGGCAUCCUCAUCAUGUUCGCGCCGGAAACACUCAACAAAACACUACCAGACACCCUUCAAGAAGCCGAAGACAUUGGAAAGUGAUAUGAAAUGCUACGAAAUUGUAAAUAAACACGAGAUUUUGAUAAGAAACAAUGUGAUUUCCACAGGCACGUGCUGAUUCAAUUGUCAGCUGCAUUAGUUGCACCAAUUGCACUUCACAGUAGUGCAAACUCUAGUGCAACAAUGCACUUUAUCAGCUUUAUCGCA